AUGAGGCGUCUUAACACCGGCGAGCACGCCCCUGUGUGGGAAGAGGAAAAUGAGGACAUGCAUGACAGAAGCUCCCGACCUCUUCUGACCGAGGGGCUACAGAAGCAAAAGAAGCAGCCCACCACUACUAAGCUUGGACCUACCCUUCCAAAUGGCGAGACAAGGAAGCGAAAGCGAGUCACCUUUGCUGUGCCGGCACCAAUUCCGACCGAAAUCGACCAAGAUCACCUCCACAUGAUGUCUAUAAUUGACAAGCUCGCCGAGGCGGAACCCAGAAAGCGACCGGGACUGAACCCAAUCACUGCCGUCGUUCCAGUCUCUGGCGUAAGCUACAUCACCAAAACCGACCCUAGGAAGCCCAUGUUGCUCAGUGAGUUCAGUAUGAACGAACCUUCAAAUUCACGAAAUCGCAUGCUGUCCGACUUGAUCAGGACCCUGGACAGCAAAAAGGGUCGAAGAACUCGGAACAGAUCGGAACACUGGCAGUUGCCAGCCCCUGAGCAGCAAGAAGAGGUGGACGCGGCAACAUCUAUGCGAGACAUGCAAGAAAACCAACAGACGAGUGAACAGGGCUCGUCUUUGGCCUCAACAGAGCACGAGGAGGAAAAUACCAAACCCAUUUUCACGAAUGACCCGGAAGACUCAGAAGACAAACCCCGCCACAAGUGGCUCAAAAUUCCCGCUCAGAUCUGGAGGAACACCACCGUAUUCCUUGCCAACACCGUCGACCACCUGCCCUUCUACACUUCCCUCAAGGAGAAACAGUGGCAGGCAGCAACACGCAUGUGGGAAGAGGAGGCCAAAAGCAAACGCAUGAGCGUACCUAGCACAAAAAGGAAGGCUGAGAACUCACAUCACACACCUUGGCUGCACUGCGACAGACUCUAG